AGGUCUAUAGUUGGUUAGACCGCAAGUACAAUCUCAAGUACAAUCUCACCAAUCAAUAUAUAGAUAAAUAGAACUUAUAUAAAAAAAAAAUUUCUAUAGCUGAAAUAUAAACACUAUUUCUGUUUUCAAAUGUUCAACCAUGUUGGUUUCUUUGCUUGUUGUCCUGUGUCAGCUGUUGUCAGUCGCACACGAAGCUCUAGUGAUUGAAGUCCAGCCCAGUAGAAUACAGCCAGGACUGACUGAUGGUCUCGUGAUCAACUGCUCUGUCACUGAAAAUAAAAUUCCACAGAUGAUGAAAAUCUAUUCCCUGGUUCUGUCACGUGUUCAAGCGUCAAAUAAAGAUUCGUUUGAAGAACUUAUCAUUUUGAACUAUAACGAACGCAACAGUACACUUAACACAAGUAAUGUACCUGAAGGCUCUAGCGGGAUGAACGGGGCAUCUCACAUAACGCUCACCUGGCCGAAUCCCAGCUACAGAGACGCCAGCAGGUACAAAUGUGAAGCUCGAGGCUUAAGUACCAGCUUUAACAAGAUUUCCGCCACAGCUUACGCCAGCGUAGAGACGGAUGAACCAGACAUCAGAAGCCUUGUUGAUGAGCUUCUACACCUCAGGAAAGAGACCUAUGAAACUUCAAACUCUCUGAAAGAAGUGAAACAGAAAUACACAUCUUUAAACAACGGUCUACAAAAAGCAGUAAAAAAAUUGAUUCGAGAAAAAGAUCAAACUAAGAAAUCUUUAUUUCAUGUUUCACCAGUAUUCCAGGGUCGACGCUAUUAUCUCUCCAGAAGGCAGGCCUCCAAUGAAAUAUAUGUCGCACAAUCAACUUGCGCUUUUUUUGGAGGCUAUCUCGCUGAGAUCGACAGCAGUGAAGAACACAGUUUCAUUGCCAACUUUGUAAAUCAAAUCAAGGAUUUACCUUUCGGCGCUGUCUACAUCGGUUUGACGGAAAAUAAUGGAGUCUGGACCAAUAUUUAUAGCCAAAAUGAUUCCAAGUUUUUACCCUGGGGACACUCCGAGCCAAACAAUCACGAGAAAAAUGAAUUCUGUGUUGUGCUUGAUCGAGCAUCCAACUGGCGUUAUAAUGAUAUCUCAUGCUACUAUAAUGAUAUAUUAAGAUAUUUAUGUGAGAUUCCAGAAUAAGCGUUAAGUUUCUAGAAAUUUUGCGAUCAACGCCAAAAGUAAUAUAGAGGUGGUAAUGACAAUCUUCGUCAAAUAGUCAAUUACAAUAAUCUGCACUUUCCUUUAAUUAAAUGUUUGUACGAUUCGAAGUAAAUAAAUUUAGUAAAGAAAAAAAAACCAGUAACACAGAACAAAAUAGAAAUAGAUAUGGUAAUAUAAUUUGGGGUUGAUUUAAUUAAUGUCAAAUAGAUUUUAAAAAAAUUAUGAAAUAAGCAAUUUUAAGAAAGCUAGUUUAGAAACUCUAUGCUGCCAAAUAAAUAUAAAAAAAAUAAGAGUAUUUAUUCAUAAUUACAAAAACAAUGCCAUAUUGCCGCUUUAAAUAGCUGCCAUAUCUUCUUAACAAAUUACAAUUAUAAAUACAAUUUAAUUUAUAUAAUGCAUUUCCCAAAAUAUAAGGGAAGCUUUAAAUCGUCAGAAUAGAGCAAACACGACAGUCACAAUGACAAACCAUUCUAGAAACAAACUUUUGGAAUAUAUAGGUCUUAAUGUUCUAUUAGAAUGUAGUAAAGAACAUCUGUCUUUCUGAUGCACUACAAACAUAAGAGUUAGCAGGUAUACCCGAUCACCAAAUCACUAAGCUGCAAUGUAUUUAGAACAAAUGCCACACGAAUAGUUAUACAAGACAAUAUUCUACUACUACUCCUCUUGCGCACACUCCAUUGUCUAUGAAAGCGAGAAUAGACUACAAGGUGGCCACAAUUUGUCAUCAGUGAUUCUAUAACGAAGAAAUGCCCUUGUACCUUAGUGAACUGGUCACUCCAUAUGUCCAUCAGGGAGCCCUGCGCUCCAUGGACUCAACGCUUUUUAGUGGUGCCAGUUUCUCCCUAAAAGGAUUGGAACUCACUCCCCAUCGAUCUCAGACAGACAACAUCCUACACUACAUUCGAGAACAACAUUGGGAACAAUGAAAUGUUUAGAUUAGUUUGUCAUUUUAGUUCUCGUGUUUAUGUUUGUAAUGUUAUCACUGCGCCUUGAGUCUACAUUUUGUUUGUUAAUAGCGCUCUGUAAAUUUUUUUACUAUUAUAAUAAAUGUUUAAUAAAAUUGAUAUUGUAGUCAAAAAA